AGUACAGUCCAAAAGGGGAGGAGGUGGUGGAGCUCAAUCAAUCCAAAGUGGAGGCGAAACCGAAAGCGAGAGGAGGGAGAGAAAGACAAGAGAGGGGAGGAGCAGCGCGGGGCGGUCGGUCGACUGGUCGGCGGUGACGCCUCGCUGCGGCCGUCGCCGCAGAGGUGGAGCUCGCCCUCACCCGGUUUUUUGCUGGAGCUCGAGUCGGUUCGGGUGUGAGGUGAGCUCAGCUCCAUGGAACAACUCCCGGGCGUGCGAGUGGGAGUGGGAUGCUUGUUCUUGCUGCUGGGGCGGGCGCGGUUGCUGCCAGCCGCUCUGAUUCGUGGCAUGAGGUGAUGUACAGGUGCUAGCUGUUGAAGGCAAAGAAGAAAAGACUAUCAUGGGGAUUUCAGCUAAGUGGAUCAAAUCACUUGUUGGGAUAAAAAAGCAUGAAAAGGGGCGAAACGCCGAAUGCAGCGAUGCGAGGAGCUGUGUUGUUCAGUUGCUACACAAACAGGAGCAUUCUGUAAAUACAGAAAGUGUUCCUGUGGCUGAAGAACUCAGAGUACAGGCUGAACCGUUGGCAGGUGACAUAAACACAGAGACAAUAUCAAAUUCCGCUUCCUCACCGAGCACAUCUCUUCAAGUUCAAAUUUCUCAGACUGAACUUGGUACAAAGGAGCAUCAGGCUAUUGUAGCUAUUCAGUCUGCCUUUCGAGCAUUCCUGGCUAGGCGGGCGUUGCGGGCAUUAAAAGGACUAGUUAGGCUCCAGGCACUUGUUAGGGGUCAUGCUGUAAGAAAGCAAGCAGCAGAAACACUUCAGUGCAUGCAAGCGCUAGUAAGAGCUCAAGCUCGUGUCAGAGCGAGACGAGUCCGUGUUUCUUUGGAAAGCCAAGGGACCCCAAAGAAACCUCCUGAACAAAAUGUUCAUGAGGACCAUGUUCGAGAUAUUGAGGAAGACUGGUGUGGCAGUAUAGGCUCAGUAGAAGAAAUGAAAGCUAAGGCAUUAAAAAGGCAAGAGGCUGCGGCUAAGAGGGAAAGGGCAAUGGCAUACGCUUUAACCCAUCAGUGGCAAGCAAGUUCAAGGAAACAGAAAGCAGCAAGCCUCCAAGACCAAGGACUUGCUGGGGAUGAGAAUCAGUGGGGACAGAAAUGGUUAGAGAGGUGGAUGGCUGCACGCCCAUGGGAGAACAGGGUACUUGACAGCAAUGCCAAAGAUAGUGUCACAGUUGGCAAUGACAAACCAGCUGAGGAAGACAAAGCUAAAGCUCUGAAUCUCAACAAACCAAAAGGAAAAGUACCUGUUUCCACCACACAAUCAAAUGGCGCAGGCCAUAAGAAGUCACAUUCUGAUAUAAGUGGCUCUUCAUCGGGGCACUCUGCAGUUGUGCAACCAACUGCUUCUUUGGAGUCAUCCAAGAUAAAAGUGAAGCCACCGAACGAGAUCACAGAUGAAGUCAGCUCUGAACCUUCAAAUUUGGCUUCCCGGUCCACAAGCAAUCCAAAAGAAAGACCAGUGCAAGUCAAUGCACCAGCGAAGAAGCGAUUAUCCCUUCCUAACAACGCAACAGCCAGUGGGGGAGUAGGAAAGCGCCCUACCAACAGUAGUCGGACAACCCAGGCCUCGAGAUUGAAGAACGCCAAAGGAGCCUCCAAGUCUGAAACAAGAGACCAGCCAGGGCCUGCUAACUCUGCCGUGAAGCCAGUUGAGACGCUAGCCUGAGAGUGAAUCCCAUCCAUAUUAUUUGGACACAUCGCAAUGCCCCUUUGUCAUUGAUGUUGUUGCAUCUCUGUAUAUAUAAGCAAAACCUGCAUCUGAACAUGUUAGCGAGUAGUGCCGCAGGAUAUUGUUGUACAAUUGUUUGUUCACGUUGCUGUUAUCCAUCAUUGUGUUAUGUAUUUUUCUCUUCAAAUUGCCUCCUUUCGUACUA